AUGUGGUUAUUCGGUCAUUCUCCUCUCCUCAUUCCUCAGAACUUCUCACGUACCCCACGCGAUGCUCUAUGUGCCGUUACAUCCAUGAUAUAUCACCCAACAGCCGCAAUCUCUGCCCGUGAUACGAGCAAUCAUUGGCUCUGGACUGGGCGUGCACACCGCGUAGAAUCUCCGUCAUGCGUAUCCAUCCGCAGCUCGUCGUCGCCACUCCGCAACGUCGCACAUACAGAUGUACCCAUCGCUGAGUGGGCUCUUGUAACUUCAGAUUAG